AUGUCUUCAAACACAAGUGUACUACUCGAACCCAAUGCAAAGCUAAUCCACUUAUUACCGUCGAAUUUGCAAGAUCUAAUUCAAUAUGAAACAGUGUAUGAUAUAAUAUUGCAGCUGUUGGAUACACCCACUAGGUUAGAGGUUGAUGUUACCUACUUAAAGAAGCAACUUCUUGAAAGGGAAGAAACCAUAGACAAGUCGAUAUUAGAGUUGACUGUGGACGAAGAUAAAUCAGUAAUAUUGUCAAUGUUGUAUGGAUCUACGUUCAUACAAGCAAUUGAUAUAGUAUUGAAUAAGUGCAUAAAGUAUGAAUCUAAAGUUAACUUGCAGGACUAUUUGCGCGACCCAUUACAGUACAAAAACCUAGCCAAGUUUACUAUAAUUGACCAAACUGUAAGCGAAAGAACAAUUACAAAGUUGCUACUUCUACUAGGCUUUAAAUUACAAAACGGAAUUCUAAUGGAAGCUGAUAGCACUGGAAGUGAUUCACAAGAUGCUCAAGGAAUAGAACAUAAUAUAGACUUGGACAAUUGGUAUUGUAAUUGUAGCGAAUAUCAAUUACAAUAUACGAGUAAUAUGAAGCCAAUUGAAAUAACUGAGAACCGAACGUUAAUUGAAGGGUUUCUAAGUCACUCUGAGUCAAUUGUGCUAGAGCCAAUACCGUUGUGUUCACAUAUGUUAGCAAUACUAAUUAUUCUUUAUAAUAAGGAAAAAUUGUAUAGCAGAAUUCAUAGAUGA